AUGUACCAUUGUAUUCAUCACCAGACACAUUUGAAGACUAACUGCUCUUUUCAUGUAUUUUUUCUCCUAUUAAAGAAUAUGUAUAAGCAGCACACGAACUUUGCGGCGGCAAACACUCCCCUCUUCACGCAGCUGUUCGGUUCUGUUGCUGCAGACACCUCGAAACCACAGCAGCGAGUCGAAAAGGACACUUCAGAAGAAUUUAAUCGGCGUAAUUCGGCGGAUCCGGCUCAGCUUUCCCGUGGAAGAAUUGUGGAGAUGCAGUCGUCUGGAAGUAAACGUUACCAAACUGCUGAUAGUGCUACUCAAACCACUCUGCCAUGUAGCGAGGUUGUUGGAUCAAAUACCGAGGAAACAACCCAGAACUUCUUACGAGCCUGCCAACCUCAGGAAGUUGGACCGCCGCCGUGUGCUGAAUUCAAACCGAUGGAUGUUGAAGGUGGGGCUGAUAUCUCCGUGGAAGAUGAUGUACCUGCAUGGAAGAAACCCACAAUUCCCUUCCGGAAGAUGAUGCAAGAGUUGGAAAAGCGCUUCCACGAGCAAAUGGAUGUGCAUCGCGGGCUUAAGUCUACGAUGGAGCGCCUUGAUGUUCUCCGAAGUGAAAUUUCUCUCUACCAAGCUGAACAACGCACAGCAAAGUUGGCCGAAGCAUUGCACCAGAAAAAUGCUUAUUCGAUUGAAAGAGCUGCGCAACUCUCUGCUUCCGCUUAUGCUUAUGCGGAAUCUCUCUCUGCAUUUUCUCCAAAGCCGCCUCCUGCAAUCACGACUGCUCCGCCCCAGCAACAAACGAAGGCGGCUGCUUCCGAGACCACCCCGUUUCUCAAAAGCAUUUUGGAGUCUUAUCAGAAGGAGCGCGAGGGCAAGACACGUGGGAAGAAUGGAGAAGCCACUGAUGUUCCCGUGAAGAAGGCGCUGUCUGUGGAUAUUAUUCGUCAGCCGGAAGAACCGCUUCCGUACAAGCGCGUAUAUUAUGUGCCUGUUGUGGAGGAGAAACCUAAUAGUGUGAGCGCCGUCAGGGAAGAUGGUGUAAAUGAUGUUAACUCAACAGUGAGAGAAGGGAAUGGAGCAGGAGCUUCCACUUCUUCCGUUAGUGUCGUUGCCGCAGGCCCUUCAGCGGCAUCAAAUUCCGAAAUUUCUAUUGAAAGCGGCGGUGUAUCAGCGAACACUUCUGUGGGGAGCUCUGAAGUGGGCACGAAUGUGAUUUCUCAGAGCUUGGACACGGAUCAGGUAAGUGAAACCAGAUCCCUAUCCGCUGCAUCCUCCAGAAAUUCACCUCCCUCUCCAACAUCUUCGACACCAUCCGUUAAUGAGCUUUCCGCCUCAACGGGGCAUUCAUCCAUCGCCGACGAGACUGGAAGCAGCAUUAAAAGCUCUCACUCGACUAAUAUCCUCGCCACGCGAAAUGAAGGCAAAGCGGAACCGCUGGUGACGACACUUAAAGAAUUUUAUCGUGCCUGUGGAAAUGCCAACCGUCUCAUGCAGGCCCUACUUGGAAGAAAUAUUCGCCUGACAGCGGUAACGCCGAAAAAGAAAGGAGACGCAUAUAAAGAGAGGGAAGAGCACUCUGCCUCGUCCGAAAGUAGCGAUAGCCGAAAUGUGAAACAGAGUGAAAAACCCGAGUGGUUGGCUGCUUUGAAGCGCGAUGUGAGAGAUAUUCGGAAGCUCCGACGGUUUAUUGAUCGCAUGAAGCGGAAUAUUAAGUCGAUUGACUGUCAUCACCGUGCUCAGGAAGUGCGGCGAAAACUGUUUGUGAAAGCACAGCGGCUCGCAAAAGCACAACGACGGGUUCGGAACAACAUGGAUGCGGUGUCGGACGUUAUGGAUGAAAUCGCGGACAUAAUUAGAAGUGAUGCCAGUGGUGCUGGUGAUGAAGACGAGGUGGUGGAUGAUAUUUCUGUAGCAUUUUCUGCGGAGGGUAGCGACAGCAUCAUGGAUGAAGUCGAUGAUGAAUUUAACUUCGGCGGAACGACGCGAAGUGGAGGCGGCAUCUCAGAUGAGGUGGAUGAUGAGGUGGUGGACGAGUUGCAGCAGAGUCGCUUAGGGAGUGCUGAUGAUGAUGUCGUAACCGAUGUUGUCAGUGAACUCAGUUGGGCAAAGGAGGAGAGUGAUUUUGCCGAGGCGCUCGCGGAAGUGAGUGACAUCAAUGACUUGUUGGAUGACGAAGUUCCUCUUCCUGAUGAGGAAUCUCUGAUGGACGAUGUUGUUGAUGAGGAUCUACCACCUGCUUCCUCUAUAGAAACAGAAGGGAGUAUUGAAGACCGUGUCGCGGCCGCUGGUGUUGAUGAUGUCGCUGAUAACGUUAUCAGUGGCGCCGUCGACGGCAUUGUUGAUGAUGUUGAGGAUGCUGCCUCGUCCGCCGUGAUCACUGAGGAGUCGAGUGCUGAUAAUGCUGAUGUGUCCAGCGUUAUGCCGGCCUCUUCCGCUUCUACCCGAUCGUCAGAAGACACUGAGGAUAGCGUGAAGCGUAUGAGAGAUAUGAGUAUGAGCAGAAUUUAUGAUGAUACAGAAUCGGCGGAGAGUGCUCUUAAUGAACUAGAACGCGCUAUGAGGAUACCGACGAAGCAGCGCUCUCUGUCAAGUUCUGGGGCUCACCCGGUAAACUUCUUGGGGCUGGACAUACAAAAUGCGAUGAGUGCCGAAACCCUUGUAACCGAGGAAUUAAAGGACGGAUACGUGGUCAGGUCCGACUCUCAUACAUGGGAAAGCACUCUCCAUAAUGACGUUGCUUUCCCCCCUGCUCCCGCCGAUAUUACCCUCAGUGCUGAUAUAAACACGAACCCACCCACUCUGCGAAGUCUUUCCACGCCGACGAGCGUUGCUUCAGUGGCGGGUCUACCAGUGAAGGCUCCAGGUUGCGCUAAUUACGAAACCGAUGAUAUCGUUGCUCAGCUUAACUGGAAGGAACGGCAGCUGCUUCUAUUUGAGAAGAUUCACCCAAAAACGAUGUGGACUCAGGCAGAGACUGAGGACACACCAGCGGAUGCGGAGGGGCCCGUCGAGGGUCGAGCGGGGUACCACUGGGGAAUGUUAGAGACGCUCCUUCAGUAUCGCUUUGCCCUUAAUGCCGUCGACGAAGCUCAUGAUGACAUUACUGAUUACGUUGAUGAUUUCGAAGACAUUAUUUUUGAUGAUUACGAUGCCUAG